GACGAAUCAGAAAAAAGGCCGUAACCGCGGUCUCCUCUCACACAUUUCGUCGAACACACACCAUGCGCUCCCUCAAACGCCUCCUCCUCUCCUCUUCCUCCUUCCCUUCGAUCUCUAUAAUCCCCUCGUACAAUCGCACGGAAACCCUAGGGCACGUACUACUUCUCUUUCGAAGGGCUCACUCCAUUCGAUCUCCUUCCUCCUCCUCCUCCUCCUCCUUCUCUGCCACCGGGGACGACGAGUGGAACGAUGCGUGGGAGAUGGCGUGGCUCCCGGAGGACCCCUCGUCCAGGGACCGCGCGCCAUGGGAGUCUUCCGACGCCGCCGCCGCCGCCGCCCCCGCCGACAUGGACGCCGACACCAAGGCCUUCGUGGCGGAGAUGGACGAGCGCUGGAACGAGCGGAGGGCCGCGAGGAAACUACAGCAGGGGACCGAUCAGAGCGCCGAUCAUUCUCCGGCGGUGGCGGAUGCGGCGGGUAGCGGCGCCAAGAGCGCUGCGGCGGACGAUUACCGCGUCCGGAAGCAGAGGAUCCACGCGGGGCUCUGGAUGAAGGAGAUUGAGAAGAUGGAGGAGGCCAAGCUCGGAGGCUCCGGUGCGGGGGACGACAUCGAUCGCCUUCUCGACUCCUGCUCAGAAAUCUUUGACUCGGGCAACAUGGAACUGGGUGAUUCAAAGAUUCCUAACAUGACGGAGUUCAAAACCAAUCCCGACGGAUGGGAGACAACAUCCAAGAAUCAAGAUGGUAACAUAUGGGAAAUAACACAAAGAGAAGAGGACAUUCUUCUCCAAGAAUUUGAGCGCCGAAUUGCUUUCAGUAAAUUCCAGAUUGCUAGCUUUAUCAGGACGCACAUAUUUAGUCGAAGGCGGCCCAUAGACGGGUGGAAGUACAUGAUAGAGGAAAUAGGUCCUAACGCCAGAAGAGGCAAGGGGAGUGUUCAGAGACUACCGAGCAUUACUGAUGCGUCCACUCAACCUUACAAGGAGGAGAAACCAGCUAUAGGACUCAAUCUAAAUUCCCGCAGAGGGAGGUAACUGUGACCUUUGAAAGACCAACAAAAGUGCUACCCCUUUUCUUUCUUCUCCUUUAGUCCUACACAGAUGCGGAGUUGUUUGUUUGUCAUUUGGAUAGUGUUGCCAACUGAUGUAGUUUGUCCAGAUACAAGUAGUAGUUGAUGGUUGUGUAUGUGGAAUUAUCUUUACUACCAUAUUUAUUUUGGCGCUGCUGGUGUUGGUAGUUAGCUUGCGAAGGCAAAGCUGCUUGUAUAGCAUGUCUUAACAUUCAUACAGUGAUUUACAAAAUGGUUCUGUUUCGGUAA